GGGAAGUAAUACGUGGCUACUUUGGUGCACCUAGUUAACGUUGUCUCGACAAUCUAAAAGUUCUCGAAAAGUACACAAAUACUGAGAACACCAGAAUAAUAUACCAGAUCCCCCCGCUUCCUUCAGUUCCUUGCCCAUCGCCCCCCAACCUGACCAACCAAACAAAAAGGAGGAAAAAGAAUCCCAAAACCUGACCCACCUCGCUACUCUUCUUCUUCUUCCCUAAAAAUCAAACCCCCCUUUUGUUUUCUUACACGAAAUCUUCCUUGUCCGUCUUCCUUUAAACUUCACUUUCUCUGCAUCUCCCAUUUCCCCGCUUUCCCCAAACUCAUACAAGUCACUUGUAUCACUAGUUUCACCAGGUAAAAAGGGUAAAACUCAAAAAUUCUAAUUGAUUUUCUUCCUAUUUCCAUUACUUGAUUCAAUUGGGGUUUCGUAUCAUCAAUUUGAUGGAAGCCCUUCUUCAUCCUUCGAUCCCGAAUCUCCCCAUCUUCUUCACUGUGUAUCUCUUACUGUACCUCCUGGCUUACUUCUUCAUAUUCCGGCAAUGGGCCACCAAACUCCGACCCGAAGCUUCCAGCUGCGUCAUCUCCUUAGCACACGGCACUCCCGCCGUCAUCUUAGCCUCCUGGGCCAUCCUUUCCGACCCGAUUCGGGACUUCCAUUCCCCCAACACGCCGUUCCAAUCUCUGGUCCUCGAUUACAGCAUCGCCUAUUUCACCAUGGACCUCUGCCAUUACUUGGUGUUUUACCCCACAGAUGUCCUCUUCAUAGGCCACCACCUGGCAACCCUCUUCGUAUUCAUCACCUGCCGUUACUUGGUCUUCCAUGGGGCUUUCGCCAUUAUGGUACUUUUGAUCCUGGCCGAGGUUACUAGCCUCUGUCAGAACGUGUGGACUUUAGCCGGGGCCCGGAGAGCGGAUUCGGGUUUUGCUGCUCGUGUUUAUGAGGUGUUGUCUCCUCCUUUCUAUGUGCUGUACACGCUGGUGAGGGGAUUCGUGGGACCUUACUUUGUGUAUCGGAUGCUCGGGUUUUAUUUGGCCGGGUUGGCUGAUCGGGUUAUUCCUAGAUGGGUUUGGGUUUCUUGGGUUUGUGUGGUCUUUACGGCCAUUUGUGUUAGUAUUUUAUGGAUUUCCAACCUUUGGAUUGAAUUGUUUAGAGAAAGAAAUAGUAAGCUGCAUGCUCGGAAGAAAAUUGAGUAGGAUCCUCUUGCACAUUGUGCUUAAUUUUUCUUGGCUAUGUGCAUCAUUUGGGGUUAUAUCAAUGAAAGAUGAUUCUUUUAAUAUUUCAGUUUGCAUGAUGCAUGUUAAUGAUUUUCAUUAUUGCUGAUUCUUUCUUCAAAGCUUGUUACUUUGCUGCAUGAUUGUGCAUCAUGUUUGUAAUAAAAGGAGGGAAAUACCACUAAUGUGAUUUAGGGUUGAUUGAUUAGUCACUAGACAUUUUAAUAUUUCUAUUCUGGUGGCUUAAAAUGAUUUGGUACGGAGAAACUAUGAAGGACAUGAUGUAUUUAAACUUAGACGAGAAUAUGUGUUGGUAGGUUGACAGAACAGGAUUAGGUUAUGUUGUUGACCUCUCACUGCGAGAGAGUUUUAUUGAUGCACUGCUGUGUUUGAUUGAUUGUUAGGCCUCCUGAGUCUAUUAACCAGUCAAGCAAUUUGGGUAAUCUUGUCCCCUUUUCUUCUGAAUGCAAGAAUUUUCGCCGUUGUGUACUGCCAACCAAAGGCAACCAAUUUUUGUCUAGUUGGAAUAUGGAUAUCAUAUCCCCCCAGACUUUCGAGACUACUCGAGUCUUUCAUUACAACCUGCUGUUACCACGUGCAUAUUAUCAUGUACGUCUAUUCUUCGUUGUACUAGUAAGUUUGUAAUGCUUGCCAAAUGAAAAAAAAGAUAUUUUGAUGUUUCAUUGGUGCAAGUUAUCAUGUUGUUUUCAACAGGGGUUAAAGUUAGCUUCCUUAGUCUUUCAUUUGUUAUCAGUCAGUUGCUCUAAAUCAUAUACUAGAUUAUUGUGAAAUAGUUUUAGUUAUCACCAUCACGUUCCGUUUUGGGAUAGUGUUCAUAUUGUAAAAGUGAUUCUGACAUUUGUGUAGCCACAAUUGUGUACCAUGGUUGUUGAGUUGGAAACUGUAUUUUAUGAAUUGGAGAGUUUACUGGAAGAUCUGCAAGAUGUACUUGGUUUCUGAGGAGAUGAUUAUCGUAUGCUGGGAAAUCAGCAGAGGAUGAUUGAGAUUGAAAUUGAUGGUGUGAAUGAUGAACCUUUGUUCACACUAUUUUGGAUGAAUAUUUUGUGGACAGAACAUAGAUGGUAACAACAGACAAGCCUUGCAAGAUAGAGACCUGUGCAAUGCUCAUAUGCAGUCUAGAUUAAGGAAUAUUGUGAGCCCUUGGCAUUCCACUAAAGCAUAUAUGAAUAAAGUUUGCCGCUUGUUUACUUGGUUUUGCACAUCUGCGACAGAUCAGAGUUGCAUAAAAUCACAUCCGUCCUGAGUUUGAUUGCAGGAAGUGAUGUUGUAGAUGAGGACAUAUGACAAUAUUGGAGAAGAUGAAACUCCUCUCUCGAGCUCCUGAGAGAUUUCAAGCCUGAGAACCAACUGGUAUGGAAAUCCAGUGUUUGUCUCUGCCGGAUUCAUUUUGUCGGUUUGGGUGGAUUCAUCCGUGAAAUCUUGAUCAGUAGUGUGAAUUAUCUUCUCAAGUUGGGUUAUUAGUUGCCGGAUAUUCCUUUUUUUUUUGGGGGGGGAAGGCACACCUAUUCGCGGGAGGUUUGUACAAGUUUAUGUGCACAAGUAGGCAGGCAGAGAGCAAUGAAAGCGUGGUUGUGGAUAUGGGGGACCUUACCCUGAU